UGCCAAAUGGACAACCUCGGAAAGUUGAAAAAAUAGAAGCGUGUGUGCCACCACCUGUUGUGUCGGACGCCGUCGUCGUCUACGCCAGCUACGCCUUCGCCGACCGCGACAACGUGGCGCGCAUUCUGAACGAAAUGAAGCGGAAGCGGCCUGUCAUAAAGGUCGAGACGUCGCUGUCACGCCCAAGUCUCAAAGACAAGAUCGACGCCAUCAAGUGUGCCGACCUGCUGGUGUUGUUCCUCAGCAAAGCCUUCUACAACAGCCAUGAGAUGACCACUGAGUACGCCUGCAUCAUGGGAGAGCCUGGAGUUCGUGUGAUUUUGUGCAUCACCGGGCCGGACAGCUGGCCGCCCAGCGACCUCUUCAGUGAGGUGGCCGGCGAGCUGAGUAAAGUCCCGCGCGUGACCCUCAAGCGAGAUGCGGGGGGCGUGGCCAGCACGGAGCCCCUGGAGAAGCACGUGGACCGCGUUGUGAGGGAGAAACAGGCGAGUGUGGAGUAGACAGACUCAGCAAGUGCUCACCAGCUCGUGAGGCUGCGAGCGCACGCGCUUCUCUUGUGCAUAGAAUACUGAGCAACAGACGACUUGAUUCUCUCUCUUGCUUCUGUCGCUUGCUCGCUGGCUAGGUGCUAAUGGCUUUUCCUUGUCCCCAUGAUUGGGGUUUCAACAGCAAUAAUGUUAGUUAAAUGUGGCAGUUUUAAAUACAUAUAUAAAUGACGGUUAAUGGCAAUUUUAAAGUUCAAUGCCCAUGCUAAAUAAAGUCUUAUUUUGACAUAGUCA